AUGGGGGGUCGUGUAACCCUCAUUAAUUCGGUUCUUGCAAAUCUGCCUAUACACUAUCUGGCUUUUUUCAAGGCUCCUAUUAAGGUUGUGAAGGAUAUCAUAGCGAUCCAACGGCGGUUCUUAUGGGCUGGAAACUCGAGCAAAUCUUCUAUUCCUUGGGUCUCUUGGAAUACUGUUUGUAAAUCUAAGGAAGAUGGCGGUCUGGGUAUUAAGCAUAUGGGUCGGUUCAACUGCGCUUUGUUGGCAAAGUGGCUUUGGAGGUUUCAAACUGGCGACAAUGAAAUUUGGAGGAACACCCUCACUUUCAGGUACGGUAACCUUAGCAUUAAGACGCAAACUUAUUCCGUUGUUGUGAGUUCAAAGUCUGAUUCGUUGUGGAUGAAGGAUAUUAUGAACAAUGCGUCUCUAAAUCCUAAUGCCAAUUUCUGCAAGUACACGACAUGCUCCGUUGGUGAAGGUUCCGAAGCGGCGUUUUGGCUGUCUGUUUGGAUCGGUGAAGUGCCAUUACAAGUCAGAUUUAAUGAUUUGUACCAGAGUUGCUCUCUAAAGUUAGGGUCAGUCCGUGAUAUGGGAUACUGGGAGGAUGGGCAGUGGAAUUGGAAUUUGAGAAACUCGUUGUUGGAUUCAGAUAACCCUCCUGAACCAGAUUGGUCUGACUGCUGUAAGUUGCUAGAAAAUACCUCAGUUAACCCGGGUACAACCGACAAAUGGCGGUGGAGUCUCCAUGAAUCUCAAUCUUUCAAGGUUAGUUCCUUUUAUUCUGUCCUAUAUCCCUCCGUAUCUGACCAAGACGUUGGCUCAGAUUGUGCUUCCCUUAUUGAGUCCAUUUGGAAGACGGAUAUUCCGGCAAAAGUGCAAACGUUCAGCUGGAGGUUGGCGCUUGAUAGAUUGCCUACAAGAUCUAAUUUAUUGAAGAGAAGAGUGCUUGAAUCCGAUCAAGAUUUGGAUUGUGUUUUUUGUUCUAAUAGCAUAGAGGAUGUAUCCCAUCUUUUCUUCUCUUGUUAUAAAUCUAAUCAGGUGUGGAACUCGAGCCUUAGAGGUAGGUGUCAAGUGAAUAGAGUUAAUUCGCUUUAG